UUUUCGUCUUUUAACACUACGAUUUUUUGUCAUUUUUGCAGGUUUGCUCUCAAGCUGUCAAUGUCAGAUCAUUGUCAUUAAUUUCCCUUUUGAGUUAUCGAGAUUAUUUACAAUAAAAGUUAUAUUGUAAAAACUUUUUGCGUUAGUUCGUGUAAGCCUAAUACUGUGUAAAUAUAAAGCGAAACAAAACUGUUACACGUCUUUGUGUUCAAUAUGUUAGGCGGUCUAAGGCUUAGAGUGUCGUAUACCUACGAGAGAUCUUGUUUUGCUUAUAUCAGUCCAAAGUACAGUACAAAUAAUGAACAGUCACAAUGUGUACAAGUUCUUAUAAAGGAGAAGCAGAUAUUCUUAUGGGUGGUAUUCAGUAGUAACAUCCCUGAGGGUUACAUCGCCUGUAAUCCUAUAUAUUGCAAGCUUGUAGGUCUGGAUGAAGGCAGUGAGGUUUUUGUCUCACCAUACAUGAAUAUUAAGAUUUUGGAUGAGUUAUUUAUUGAUACCGAAAGCCCAGAUGAUCAAGAGAUACUAGAGCACAAUGUAGAAAUAUUACAACUGAGAAUACUUGAUCAACUUAGACUUGUUGUAGCAAAUCAAAAGGCAAUAGUAUGGAUAUCAACAUCAAUGCCUAUUAUUUUUACACCGAAACAAACUGGUAUCAUUGUGAAUCACAGUCGAGUUGUUGUCAAAAUAGAUGCAUUUAAUUGUUUUCAUAAAACUGUCACAUAUCCUGCAAUUCUACCUAAAGAUACUGAUACAAAAUUUAAUAAUAUAGGCAUUAUUAAUAAUGCACUUUUAGAGCCUUAUUUAAAUGUAGCAAAACGGCUAGUUUUAAGAGCUUUGCCUAUAGAUAGUGAUGGUAAAAAGAACCUUAUACAUCCAUAUACAGUAUUUGUACAUGAAGAUUUAAUUGAUGUUAAAUAUAAGACUUUAACGGUUAUAUUAGCUACAAUGGAACAUAUUCCGUCUAUAUUGAAAGAUAAUACUGACGAAGACAGUGAUAAUUAUAGCAAAAUAGAUGGUAUCUGUGUGGAAAUAGUGCCUAUUGAUAAUGUCAUCUUUAGAAGUCUUUGUCACGAAUAUUAUAAUAUAAAUAUACCAACAGUACUUUUACCAAAAGCUUUAAAUGCUAUUAUAAAUAUAGAGAAUGGUACUAAAAUUAUAUUUAACGUAAUAGGUGAUAAAGUGGAUCAUCCUGUACAUGUAGAUAUUGUGACGUAUUCAGAUAAAAUCGAAACAGAAAUUGAUGUGAUUGAAAAGUUUAAGAAAUGUGUAGUAGAAAAUACGCAUUCGGGUAAAAAGUUUCUUAUAAACCAUAAUAUGGUGAAAGAGAACACUCAAGUUAGUUCUGGUUAUAUACAAUUUAAACUUAAACCGGAUAGUAUAAAAUAUACAAUGCUUAAUUCUGAGUCGUUUAGACAUUGCACUGUAGCGGCUAAAUGUCUUACAGAUUGUGAACUUUCUCUUCCAAAACCUGUUAUUUCUAAUCUAGAAUAUGAUUACAAAAAUUACUGUAGAAGUAUAAAAUCUGUACAAAGUCUAGUUGAGAAGGUAGUGCUGCAUUUACAAUUUGAAAUUCAUCGAGAAGCUAAUUUCAAAGGUGUGUCGGAGAUAAAGAGUAAUGUGCUUGUGACUGGUCUAAGUGGUACAGGUAAAUCAAGUCUAUGUCACAUAGUUCAGAAGGAGUUGACCGUGUGGUCAAAUAUACUGCACUGUCGAUCACUGAAAGGUCGGAAGGAUAUCCCGGAGGUGCUGGGCAAAGCUAUCCUGAUGUGUCAGGAGCACAGUCCUGCGGUACUUGUGUGUGAUGAUCUGGAUGCAUUAGUACCAGCUAAUGUAGAAGGUGCUUCACCCCAAGAUAUAGCAUAUUAUCAAAGACUAGCAGUGGUACUGAAGCACGUGCUGCAGACGUGCUCGGGCGUGUGCGUGCUGAUGACGUCACUCACCAUGAACUCCCUCCAUCCCAUAUUGCGUCAGUUCAACGGCAAGCCAUUGUUCACUGCACACUUUGAUAUACCUGAAUUAGAACAGGAGGAUAGGAUAGAAGUAUUCAAGCAUUUGAUAAAUGAUAAAAUACGUUCGUCAUUCGAAGUGGAGGAGGAUGACGUGAUCAAGAUGGCGAUGGAGACCGCCGGCUGCACUCUCAGAGAUCUCACAGACUAUCUCAACAAAAAAAUAUUCAAGGCUGUUAAGAAAAAAAAUGCUCAAUCUGAGGAUACAAAGCCGAGGUUGGUAGAAGACAUCACAAAGGACGAGGAGAAAGCGAAAGAGUUUGAUAUCUGGGGUCCAGUGGGGGGAAUGGCCGAGGUGAAGCAAGCGCUCACUGAAUGCAUAUUCUGGCCAAUGAUGUACCCCGCACUGUUCGCGUCUACGUCCACGUCCGCGUCGUGCGGCGUGCUGCUGUACGGGCCGCCGGGCGCGGGCAAGUCGCACGUGGGCUCGUGUCUGGCGCGUCUCGCUCACGUCACGCUGCUCACUGUGAAGGGUCCCGAGCUGCUCUCCAAAUAUAUAGGACAGAGCGAGAAAGCGGUCAGAGAUGUCUUUGAUAAAGCCGACAUGAAGCGGCCGUGCAUCCUGUUCUUCGAUGAAUUCGACAGCCUCGCGCCCAAACGCGGUCACGACUCCACGGGUGUAACGGACCGCGUGGUGAACCAGCUGCUGUCCCGCAUGGACGGGGCGGAGGGGGGCGCGCGCGGGCCCGUGCUGGCCGCCACCUCCCGCCCCGACCUGCUCGACCCCGCGCUGCUGCGUCCCGGCCGACUGCACAUACAUCUCUACUGCCCCCUGCCCACACUGCCAGAUCGUCACGAGAUCCUGUUGACGUUGGCCAAGGACGUGGUCCUACAUGAGGAGGUAGACCUGGCGUCGCUGGCUGCGCGCACGGAGGACUACUCCGCUGCGGACCUCAAGUCCUUGCUCAUCACCGCGCAGCUCACCAGGCUGGAGAAACAUCUUGUAAAUGAAGACGGCGGCAGUAUGGAGACGGUGGUAGUGCUGCAGGAGGACGUGGACUCCGCGCUGCAGGAGACCAAGCCCUCGCUCUCCAGGGAGCAGAGGCUGUUCUACGACACCAUUUACCGCAGGUUCCGUGGAGAGACGCUGUCCACUGAGCAGCGUCAGCUCUCGCAGCUGAUGCACAAACAGAGAGUCACAUUAGCCUAGUCUAUACAAACUAGACUAGACCUCACUCUGAUACACUUCAUUCUAAUUUCAAAAUUAACAAAUAUCACUAUUUGAUACAUUUUUAACUGUGUAAAGAUUUUUUCGAGGUUAUUUGACACAUUUUUUUACCAUUUGUUGGAAAACUAGCAAGAUGUUACUUGAAUUCGCCGAAAUAGCGAAUAAUCGAUGGUGACGGACAGAAAGAUAAUUUUCUACGCAUACCAAUCAAUUCCACUUCCCCUUCAUUACCAUUCCUUAUAAUAAAAUGAGGAAAAAACACUAAAAUUGUAUUUUUUCUCUGUUUAAUUUUUGAUAAUUUUGCUUACUGUGAAUAUUUUAAGGAAGGUUAUUAAUAUAUGACAGCUUAAAAUCACCAAAGACCAUAUUUGUUAAUGUUUAACAAAAUAAAUACAUCUUUUACUUUUUUUUUGUAUAAUUAUUAAAGGGUAUUAGUAUAUUUUAAAGUUAUUUAAGUGAAUUUAAGAUACUAAAGUGAAAGUUAAUAGAAAAUAUUUGUAUUUAACGAGGGAUGGGUUUGUAUAUUAUGGCGAGGGCACUGUCGCGCACUAUUUGAAGACAAUGCAUUAUAAUUUUUUUAAUAUUUUUACAAUACUUAUAAUAUGCUAAAGAGAUCAGAGACAGAUCAUCAGCUCACUAUAAGUCCUCACCGAGGGGCUCGGAGUCUACCCUAAGUUAAGGGUGAU